AUGGAUAUCCUCAUCGUGGGCGCUGGAAUCGCUGGUCUCGGCGCCGGAGUUGCUCUACGCAGGGCAGGUCACAGAGUGACGAUUCUCGAACAAUCCUCGUUGAUGCAUGAAGUUGGCGCGGCCAUCACCAUCAAGCCCAAUGCUUCACGCGUCCUUAAGUCGUGGGACUUCGUCCCCGAGCGGUCUGGUAUGGUAGCCCUGCGCGGAAUGAGCCUAAUCGACGGUACCAACAUGAAAACGCUCGUGCCUACCUAUUACAAAGACUGCGAAUCGAACUGGGGACUGCCUAUGUAUGCUGUUCACCGGGUUGAUUUGCACACCCAGUUGAGAGAGCUUGCCACCCAAGUAGAGGGGCCAGGACGACCCUGUGAAGUACGAGUGCGGGCCAAAGUGGUCGAUUACGAUGCUAAGAACGGAAAAGUGACAACCGAAGCUGGUGAGGUCCUGCAAGCUGAUCUUGUUGUUGCGGCUGAUGGAGUACACUCAACGGCCGUCAAGCAUGUUCUCGAAGACGACCAGAUUGUUCAGGCCGGGGACACCGGUUGGGCGUGUAUGCGGUGGCUGGUUCCGAGAGAUGAGAUUCUCGCAGAUCCGGAGACUGCACACAUGAUUGUAGACUCGGCUACGAGAUACUUCACGGCAGCUGAGGGUGCCGCUGGUUUGGUGUGGUAUCCGUGCAGAAACAAUGAAGUCCAGAAUUUCCUGUACCUCUCGCGGGAGUUCAAUACCUCCCACGUCGGAGAAGAUUUCCGAGCUAUGGUGGAACCGAGCAUGGCCCUGGAAUAUGCUGAAAAACACUUUGCCCCUGAGCUACACACCGUAAUCAGGAAAGCAAGAGAUGUCAAGUUCUGGAAGCUAGUAGCUAGAGGACCGAUUCCUAAGUGGCACAAAGGCCGCCUGGUCCUAAUCGGAGACGCAGCUCAUCCUAUGCUCACCUUCCAGGGCCAAGGUGGCGGACAAGCCAUCGAAGACGGUGCCGCCCUCGGCAUCUUGCUCGAUCAGAUUCAUGACCCAGAUGCAAUCGAGGAAAGACUACAACUAUUCGAGCAGGUCCGCCGAAACAGAGGAUCAGCUCUCCAAAUCUUGUCCAACACAAACCCGCCGGCAUCACAGAGCGUUCGCGAUGCUGCCGCCGCGUAUCUCCCUGCUGGCACGAGGUUGGAUUCCACCGACGACAUCAACGACUAUGUCUUUUCGUUUGAUGUGAUUGGGGAAUGUAAGGCUGUGCUUGCCACUGCGUAG